AGAGGGCAGGAUAGCGGAGAGCUCGCACUUCAGCUCCACGCUCAGUCCCGCACAGCCGCUCUAAGCCUCUCUCCCUGCCCUCUCCACCGCAGUUUCUUUUGGAGCACUUUGUGCGCAUACCCCAAAAACAGCCAUGGAUGCCAUCAAGAAGAAGAUGCAGAUGCUCAAGCUCGACAAGGAAAAUGCCUUGGACAGAGCUGAGCAAGCUGAAGCAGACAAGAAGGCAGCCGAGGACAGGAGCAAGCAGUUAGAGGAUGAAAUUAAUCAGUUGGAAAAGAAAUUACGCAUUACCGAAGACGAGAGAGAUAAACUGACCGAAGAGUUCCAUACGGCUGAAGAAAAGCUACUAAGCGCGGAGGAAAUCGCCACCAAGCUCGAAGACGAGCUGGCAGCUCUGCAGAAGAAGCUGAAGUCCACAGAAGAUGAACUGGACAAAUACUCUGAGGCCUUGAAAGAUGCACAGGAGAAACUGGAAUUGGCCGAAAAGAAGGCCGCUGAUGCUGAGGGUGAUGUAGCUUCACUGAACAGGCGCAUCCAGCUGGUUGAGGAGGAGUUGGAUCGCGCUCAGGAACGUCUGGCCACAGCCCUGCAGAAACUGGAGGAGGCAGAGAAGGCUGCUGAUGAAAGUGAAAGAGGCAUGAAGGUCAUUGAGAACAGGGCCAUGAAGGAUGAGGAGAAAAUGGAACUGCAGGAGAUUCAGCUUAAAGAGGCCAAACACAUCGCUGAAGAGGCUGACCGAAAAUAUGAAGAGGCUACACGUAAGCUUGUGAUCAUUGAGAGUGAUCUUGAGCGUACUGAAGAGCGUGCUGAACUUUCAGAAAGCAAAUGUGCUGAGCUUGAAGAAGAGUUGAAAACUGUGACCAACAACCUGAAGUCACUGGAGGCACAGGCUGAGAAAUACUCACAGAAGGAAGACAAAUAUGAAGAAGAGAUCAAGGUACUCACAGACAAACUCAAAGAGGCUGAGACCCGUGCUGAAUUCGCUGAGAGGACAGUGGCCAAGCUUGAGAAGUCCAUUGAUGACUUAGAAGAUGAGUUGUAUGCUCAGAAACUCAAGUAUAAAGCAAUCAGCGAGGAGCUGGACCACGCUCUCAACGACAUGACUUCAAUGUAAAUUUCUUCCAACUGUGUGCCUGCUUGCUUCUGUACUCCUCACAACAACCAAAUAAAUUCCCUUGUACUACCUUUUACAUGUCUUCCAAUGCAUCAACCAGUUCUCCUUUAACUAUCUUUUACCUGGUUCUUUCUCCCAACAUCCAUCCUUCCUUCCUUAAACCCUUUUAUAUUACUUCUGUUUAUGCAACUUCUAAUGGACCAUUCUUUUUUGGUGUUCAUUUGUAAAAUCUUAGGGAUAUUUAAUCUUUCAUACAAUUCUACUAAAGAGAGUACAGCACACUUGCACUAAUGUAUUGUGAGAUACAGUAUCUGAAAUUGCCUCCACUGGUGGACUGUAUUGGACAUUAAAACUGGAGAACAAAUAUAAUAGCUGGGGUAAUUGUUUUUGUGCUCCAUAUCAUUUUGUCAAAUACAGCAGCUGCUGUGCAGACUUGUUUAGGGUAUGGAAUACUCGUGGCCCUAUUUAUUUUACCUUUUGAUGUGACAUUGAAUUUCAGGAAGAGAUUUUAUUAUGAAAGUAGAUAGAAGGGAAUGGAACAGAGACCAUGAGCUUUUGUUGUGGGUCUUAUUGCAUUUAGCAGUAAUACAGAUACCUAGACACUAGCAUGAGGAAGGGCCAAAAGCCACCUUGUUUGGUAAUGGCAUAAAGUCAAGACUGUGCAAGUGUAAAAGAUGCAAAUUACAAAGAUUGCCAAGGAAUUUCUUGAACUGUGGAUAUGAUACAUACACUUGGGCUCCAUUAUUUGAUAAACAGAAGUCAAAAUCUCAAGGAAUUAACCUUUUCCCCAAAAAUCACUAUGCAUUCAUUGUUGAACAUAAUUUUUUUUGUCUACUGAAAUAUGGUCAUACUUGUGAGACUGUUCAAAGCAUUUGAGGUUAAAUAUGAGGGGUAGUUUUAAAUGAGGUUUAGUUUUGUCUUAAAACCUUUGAACAGUCACGCUUUUGUGCACUGCAUGUUCAUAUAUGAUGCUCUAUCCCAUCCCACAUAAGGGAAAACCUUCAAAUGUACUAAUGGAAUAAAUCCUAAUAAAACUUUUCAUGGGUUCUUA